GAAAAUUCAAAUAAACUCAUAUAACUUCAAUAUCAAAUGUUCAACCUGGAAAUCCAAAGAUAGGUUUUGUCUAAGAAAAAAAGUGAAAAAUAUGCGCAAUUCGCAACCCAAGAUACAUUGUGACUUCCGUUUAAUGUACCUUGUUACGUGUCGAACCACAAAUAAUCCGAACCAUCCGAGAUUGUUAUUGUAUAGUACAAUACAAUGUCACAUAAAUAUAUAUAUAUAUAUAUAUAUAUAUAUAUAUAUAUAUAUAUAUUUUUUUUUACAAACGGACCUCUAGUCCUAUACGCGAAAUUGCAAAUCGACUCGCAAUGUGGCCUUCCGCUGAGAACUCGACCAAAAUCGUACCCGUAAUUGGCCCUCGGCUUUAGUGGAAACCAUUUUGCCUCGGAAAAGCCCGCGCCAUUUUCAUGCUCGCCGGCGCCACUAUCUCAACGCACUUCCGAGUCCUCAGCGUUCCGCUCUUCCAAGUUUCCCUUUCCAUCCCAAAACUCGCCACAAUUCCCUUCGCCUCGUUUCGUGUCUUCCAUUCCCCAUUCAAAAUCCCUCCGUCAUCGCUCUCGUGCUUUUCAAGCUCUUUCACCGCCGCCGCCGCCGCCGGGAGAUCACGCCUCAACCUCACUUCUCCCGGCCCGAUGGCUCCUUCAUCGAAAGCUAAAAUCGUGGCGGAGUACGCCAAAUCAGGCCGGUCCUCAUGCAAGAAGUGCUCCCAGUCCAUUCCUGCUAAAUCCCUCCGAUUGGGUCUCGUCUCCCGAGACGCCCGAGGGUUUGACCUGACUAAGUGGUACCACAUGCAUUGCUUCUCCGAAACCCUCGACUCCGUCGAGCUGAUUGCCGGUUUCGAUUCUCUUGAGAGUGGUGAUCAGGAUGCUUUGAAGAAACUGGUGGAUGAAUGCAAGAGUUCCAUUGAUAAGGUUUCGAGUGGAGCUACAGAGGUUCAGAAAGGAAGCAGGAAAGGAAGAAAGAAUGCGGAAGCUGAUGAAGAUGGACUUGAAAACCAAGGGGAUAAUAAGGUUUCAAAGAAAAUUAAGCCGACGGCCAAGGAAGAAACCAGGGCUGAUAUAGUGUUCUCGAUUUCGGAUGUGCUGCAGACAUAUAAGGGUGCUACGCUACUUCCAAAGUGGAAGGCCUUUCAGACAGUCUUAUUUCUUGAGACGGAUGAUGGACUUCGUGAUUCUGAUAAAGUUGCUGCAUUUGAUUUUGAUGGAUGUCUAGCAAAAACGUCUGUUAAGAGAGUUGGUGCAGAUGCUUGGUCCUUAAUGUAUCCUUCUAUCCCCGACAAGCUCAGUAGCUUAUAUAAUGAUGGUUACAAACUGGUUAUCUUUACAAAUGAGUCUAACAUAGAUCGCUGGAAGAACAAAAGACAGGUAGCAGUGGACUCCAAAAUUGGACGCCUGAACAACUUUAUUCAGCAUGUGAAGGUCCCAAUUCAGGUUUUCAUAGCAUGUGGCUUCACUGUUGGUGGAGUAGAGGAUCCGUACCGCAAACCCAACCCUGGAAUGUGGCAUCUUAUGGAGAAACAUCUCAAUUCUGGAAUUACAAUUGAUAUGCAACAAUCCUUCUAUGUUGGGGAUGCAGCAGGGAGAGAUGAUGACCAUAGUGAUGCUGACUUAAAAUUUGCUCAGGCUGUGGGAUUGAAGUUUCAUGUGCCUGAGGACUUCUUCGGUGCAUAAUAGAAUAACCACGCUCUGCCUACAACCUCCCGAUCGACUGUUUUGCUAUGUCUGAAAUUAGAUUAGAUUAGUUGUCCAGAUUGUAUGUUGCUUAGGUGAUAGGUGUUGCUGCCUCUGGCCCUUGGCAUGCCAGCAAUCCCUGAAUAUGUUUGUAACAUUGGUAGCCUGUGAAAGAAGAGAUCUUGCCAUCUGGUGGUGUGGUGGAGAUCAAUUUUUCUUCAACUCUUGCUCUUAUUAAAUCGUCGGGGCUAUCACAGGAUCCGUAAUUGUAGUCCUUAUGGUCACACUGAGCUAUAGUUGAUAGCAGAGGAACUCCCUGAAAGAGACUAACAGGGUUUCACAACUCAAGUCAUGUUUGAUCUGGAAAAUCUUAAUAAUGGAAUUAACAAUUUAUUGAGUCGACCAAUUCUGCAAAACUUACAAUUUUGUUUCUUUUGGAUCAUUAUUCUGAUCGCUAUCUACCAAGUAAGCAAAGCUUCUUCUUCCUGAUCAAAGCGUGAACCACACGAAAAUGAUUUCGUGCGUAGGACAAAGAAAUUCACAUGAAACCUCUUCAACCGCCAAAAAAUGCUAUAGAUGGAGUCAAAAGAAUUACAAGGAAAAAAGAGGUUCCCUAACGGCUACCACCAGAAUGAACACCUCUGCUCUGG